CAGACCAACCUGUUCCGCGCAUGCGCACAGGCAGCUGAGUCCUCAUGCAUGCACCACCACCACAGAUCCGGUAAUUAAAACAAGGAAGAUGCGGAAAAGUGUGAGGCGAUAAGAUGGAAGCCCCGGAGUCUGUGUAACCUAAUGAGAUGACAGCUGCAGUUUGCGGAUUCAGUCCCCGUCAGAAGCUUCAGCUGGGGCAUUUUGUUGCUGCUGUGACGCCGGUAGAGACUCCAGAGAGCUGCACAAACUCCUGGAGCUGUCCAAGGAGCCAUUCAACAUGCCUCCAAAUCAACUCAGCAAAAAGCAGCGCAGGAAAAUGUGCACUUCACUGGCAGGAGAGCUGGUGAUCAUGGCCGGGACCGUCAUGCUGGCCUACUACUUUGAGUAUACCGACACCUUCAGCGUGCACGUGCAGGGCUUUUUCUGCUAUGAUACCGCCUACACCAAACCCUACCUGGGACCGGAGGACAGCAGUGCCGUCCCACCCAUCCUGCUCUACGCUGUAGUGGCUGGGCUGCCCACGCUGCUGAUCACAAUCACAGAGACUGUGCUGUUCCUGGUCCAGUACACGUCCAAAGAGUUUGACCGCUCAGAGAAGACGGUGGCCACCGGAGACUGCUGCUACCUGAACCCGCUCGUACGCAGGACCUUCCGCUUCCUUGGAGUCUACACCUUUGGCCUCUUCACUGUUGACAUCUUUGUCAAUGCAGGCCAGGUAGUGACAGGGAACCUUGCACCUUACUUCCUAACGGUCUGUAAGCCAAACUACACAGCUCUGGGAUGUCAGCAGGCCCUUCGCUAUAUCAGCCACCAGGAGGCCUGCACAGGAAACCAGGACGACAUCAUGCGCGCCAGAAAGACCUUCCCAUCUAAGGAGGCUGCUCUCAGUGUCUACGCUGCGCUGUACCUGGCUAUGUAUGUGACGUGCACGGUGCAGGCGAAGGGCACUCGUCUGGCCAAGCCAGUGCUGUCUCUCGGGCUCAUGUGCAUGGCAUUUCUCACCGGCCUGAACCGUGUGGCUGAAUACCGAAACCACUGGUCGGAUGUCAUCGCCGGCUUCAUCAUUGGAACCGCCAUCGCAACUUUCCUGGUGGUGUGUGUAGUCCACAACUUCAAAGGCAAGUUACUGCUGAGCGAGGACUCACCGAUGGAGCCACAGCCCAAUAUAGGAAUGCUGAGUAUGGGUCGAUUGGAGAGUCCUCUGGAGAAGUAUAUUGCUUCACAGAAUCACAUCGCCUUCGCUGAGGUCACAUGACGUGGAGUCGGCGGUGUGGCAAACCCAUUGGACAUCCACACUCUUCACCGUCCAAUCCAAUUAACCAGAGUGCAGCGCUAAACCCAUCCUCCGUGUGUGUGUCUGACCUGCAGUGCGUUGUUCUAUGUUGUCUUUAUCAGGCGCCUGUUGUCCUUCGCAGCUUCUUGUACUCAAGAAAAAAAACUAAAAAAGAAACAAAGAAAAAAAAGAGUCAACAACUCCACGGGACAGGUCGUUCCUUCUUUCUCCAUCUAUGCACUUAUUCUGAAUCCUGUUUAGACUUUUGCCUCUCAGAUUAAGCUUGUUGUGAGGCCAACAGAGAAGACUUGUUGCACACUGCUUAACACAAGAAAAAGAGUGGAGAAAUGGAUUGCAUUGCGUUGCUUUAACUGUCCUACCACUGAGCUGAAUGGGAGUUUCCAAACAGAGCAAAUGAUGACAAAUCAGCCCAUCGUAUGUCGCUUCCAUUGAAUGCCCAUACUCUGAUUUUUUUCAUGCUUGUAUGACAUCAUUAUCGUAACAUUCAGAGAAUUGCUGGGAAUUUGAUUAUCAAUUUGACACCAACUUCUGGGCCCAUAUUUAUCACUCAACUUCACAACUCUGCAAACUUAAGGAUACAACCUUUACUAAAUGUCUUCUGACUUAAACGGCUCUUCGAUCUGAGAGACUUCCAUGGCUUUUAAGUUGUUUAUCCGCAAUUUAGGAACCACCUAGAACUCCCAAAGUGCUAGUUGGAAAUGGAACAGAAACAGAAGAGAGAAAAGUUCUCCAUGGUGAACGGAAAAUUUACUGAAUAAAUGGGUAUAAGUCUGAUUUCAGUGGUCCAACUUGUUGCAUUCAUGACAGCAAAGAGCUUCACCUGUAGUGGCAAAGUAAACAUGAUCAAGGCUUUCACAUAGGGAGCUUUAACACAAGAAAUUGUGCUGUUUCUGGGCUUUGAAGUAUCAAAGAAAAAAGGAGGUUUUCAUAUUCAUGUCCUACCAUUACAUUGUAUAUUAUAUAACCCUGAUCUGAAGGAGAGGCAGACAUGUUUGAGACAACAAUGCUGAACAUUUCAAGCUACAGGAGGUUUUCACUUACAUGUUCUUGGCAGCUGAUCCUGUUUUUAUCUAUUAUUUAUUUAUUGUCUGUUUCCAUGUAUGCUAUUUCUGUAUUAGGUGUAACAUGCCUGUCAAGGCUACAUGUGAGUGGAACGGUUCCUCUUUACAACAUAAAUGAGACAAUGAUAUUGCUGUUGCUGUAUUCUCACAGGGGCUUUUACAAAGACCUUUUUUUUCUUCACAAAGCCAGCCUUCUGACAGCAGAUAGGAAACCGAAGUGCAGCUUGCGUAACUCUCAGGUCUGCACACUUUGUGUGUUUGUGUGUGUGUUGGCUGCUUUGUAUCCUGUGGUUAUCAUAAGCACCCUUUGACCCACAGAGACGUUUUCAUGCAUCUUUGAAGAACCAUAAUUGCAGUCUUAGUCCCUUUGUGUCUUUGUAGAUAAUAACCAUAACGUAGAAUAAUUACUUAGUGGUUAAAGUGUUAUGUGACAGACACAGGUCUGUGUGUGCCAUUAUGAAACAUCUAUGUGUGAAGCGGUUUUGGAGGUAUGCCAAGUGUGAGGAAACAACCUUAAUGUGCUCGCUUUGAUUGGUGAGAAUCUGGAGGUUGAAAGAAGUGGAUGUUUACAAGACAUAAAGGAGCUCUUAUCAAAUGUCUGAACUUUUUGGUGCAAUAAUUGAGAGCAUUUUGAUAAAUAUGGGCCCAGGUCUAUGUAGCAAAUUAGGCAAACUGUCAUUUAUAAUCAUGUGUCUUUAUUUUGUCCUGACAUCUGUACAAGGCUGGAUCUGUGUGUGUUCAGCAAUUUCAGUCAACUGCAACCAAUGAAAGCACUAUACACUCUGUAUAAAACAAAUCUAACAACAAGGGUUUCUUAGUUGCACCAGACAAUCACCGUCUCCCUCGCUGCUUCCUUUUUAUCUCCCUCUCUCUCUUUAUUGUAGUUAAACAUAGGUUCGGGGUUGCAGAUUAUACCAUGUAAUGCUGUAAUGAGGAAUGGACAUGGUACAAAGCCUCUACAAUCCAUUGUGAAAAGAACGCAAAUAGCUUUCUUUUUCUACGUGAUGACUUUAAAUAUAACAGUCAUUCUGACUCACAGGCCAAAACUGAGAUUUUUCUUGUAUGCGCUUACUACAAUUAGUUCUCUUCUUGUCUCCUGUUAGAUGUUUUCUGCAAUGUCAAAUCAGGUUAUAGUGAUGUAAGAAAAACUACCAUCCUCUUUUCUCAGUGAAAGGAUUUAUUCAUUGCCUGUGUCUUCACUAUCAAAGACAUGCUGGGCUGCCUUCACACUGGCAGUUUCUGUAGUUCCAUAUCACAGAACAGGAACAUCUUUGAUCAUCGGCCAGGCUACACAUGUAGUUGUUGCAGUUUUUACUUUGAAAUUCCUAUAAUGUAGCUAAGUCCAGCAUUAAACAUUGAAGAUUCAUU